AUGACUAAUACAGCCUUGUCGCAGAAAAAAUCCACUUGGUUCGUUGACAACGGCCUAAUCGACGGCUGGGAUGAUCCUAGACUGCCAACAGUACGAAUACUUCUAAGACAUGGAUUAACAGUCGAGGGAUUAAAGCAGUUUAUCAUCGCACAGGGUGGUUUUAAGUCUUUUGUCUCCAUGGAGUGGGACAAAAUGAGGGCGGUAAACAAUAAUGUAAUCGAUACGAUUGCGAAUAGUUUCACAGCUUUGGAGUCCGAUGACCUGGUACAAGUUAACAUCCUUGAUGCAUUGGAUGACCAGUCUCUUGAUGUACGAAACCAUUCCAAAUCUCCGAAGUUGGAUGCGAAGAAAGUACUGAUUAGUAAGAAGAUUUUCGAUAAAAGGAAUGACGCUAAUACACUAGAAUAUAGGAAGAAAGCAACAUUUAUUUUCUGGGGAAAUUUUAUGGUUAAGAAUAUUAAGAAGACUGACAGGAAGAUCACGGAGAUUGACGCGAGAUUAAAUCUGGAUGAUAAGGAUUAUAAUAAUACGGUGAUGUUCACCUGA